GACGAGCGGGAGGUGGAGAAAAAAAAAAAAAAAAAAAAAGGAAAAAAGUUCUGUCUCGGGUCCACACGAGAAGGCAGCGAUUUGACGUCACUAAACCACCUUUUAUGCUCUUUUAAACACGUUUAACCGGAAUCAAGACAUGUCUCAUCUCUGCAGCUUCCUGUCAGCCCUGCUGCUGGUCACCGCAGCGGCCGAACCACAGAAUAGCCGUGAGGGAGAUGAAAAUGAAGACGUAAAUGGCACGCAGGCAGACCUCAUCAAGGACCAGAUAAAGAAUCUAAUUGAAAACAGAUCCACUCCAAGUCUCACGCCUACUAUGGCCACUUCUCUCAAGACUACCGCUCCAAGGCAAGCAUCAACUACCGCUCUCAGCCAAGUGACCACUCUAAGCCAAGCGUCCAGUACUGCUCCUAGCCAAGCACCCACUACCGCUACCCACCAAGUGUCCAGUCUUCCUCCUCAGUGUCCCGGCAACCAGGUGAUGGUGGAGGGCAGCUCGGAUUGCGGCUGCCCGUCCGACUUGAUUAAGGCUGGAGACUUCUGCACAUGCCCGCUUGGCUUCAAUCUUGAAGGAGCAACAGGGUGUAAAGAUGUCGAUGAGUGCUCAGAAGAGGCGCCAUGCGGACCUCACGCAAACUGCAACAACAUCCCAGGCUCGUACUCGUGCCGAUGUCACCAUGGUUACCUGAAGGGCGCAGGAGGGUGCCAGGAUGUCGACGAGUGCACUUUGGCCGAGGUGACGGGCCUUCAAGCUUGCGAUGGGAAUGCAGAGUGCACAAACACCCUGGGCUCCUUCAGCUGCUCCUGCCCUGCGGGUUAUGUCAUGGCUCCGAAUGGACAAAACUGUGACGACGUGGACGAGUGCAGCUUUGAAGAUCUGUGUCGCCGUGAGCUGGGAAACGUGUGCGCGAACACACCUGGGAGCUUUGUGUGCCAGUGCCCGACUGGGUUCAGAGCAGAGGCCGCUGCCUGUGUGGGUGCUGUGUGUCCAAACUUCACCAUGUGUCAAGAUGUGGACGAAUGCUCGGAGAGUCCCGCGCUGUGUGAUGGCCGGGGUGUGUGUGAGAACACGCUGGGCAGCUACAAGUGUGUGUGCCCACCAGGUUACCGGGGAAACGGCACACACUGUGAAGAUACGAACGAGUGCGCAUCGGGCGCUCACGGCUGUGACGUCAACGCUCGCUGCGGCAACAUCAUUGGCUCCUACUUUUGCCAGUGCUACCAGGGUUUCAAUGGAGAUGGGCAUUCUUGUUUUGACAUUGACGAGUGCGCUGUGAACAACGGACACUGUGAUCACAUCUGUACCAACGAACCAGGAGGCUACAGUUGCCAGUGUGCCUCUGGCUACCAACCGAACCAAGAUGGACAAGGAUGCGCAGACGUGAACGAGUGUUUGUCCCUGAAUGGAAGCUGUGCGCACCUCUGCGUCAACACUCUGGGAUCCUUCCAGUGCUCGUGCCGGCCCGGCUAUCAGCUCCACAUCGACGCCCACACCUGCGUGGACAUCGACGAAUGUAAACUUCAGAACGGCGGCUGCUCGCACACCUGCACCAAUUCCCCAGGGGGACACAACUGCCACUGCCCGCCUCCUCUGCUACUCAACACUGACGAUCUCACCUGCAGCAAUGUAACAUCUUGUAAACUGAGAAAUGGCGGUUGCGACCACGUAUGCGUUACGAGGGCCGAGGGCCACGUGCAGUGUAGCUGCCGCACUGGCUGGAAGCUCAGCGAGGAUCUGAGAAGCUGCGAGGAUGCGGACGAGUGCGGAGACUUUACGAAUGGAGGCUGCGAGCAGUUGUGCGAGAAUCACCCUGGCGCCUUCAACUGUACCUGCAGAGAAGGCUAUCAAGUGCAAACGGACGACCCCACCAAAUGCCGGCCUGUGUGUGACCCCCCGUGUCGGAACUACGGCUCGUGUGUGGCGCCAAACAUCUGCGACUGUCCUCCGGGCUACCCUGGCCUCGGCUGCUCAGCCAUGUGCUCCCCACCUUGUGCACAUGGCGGUACGUGUAUGCGCUGGAACAAAUGUUUAUGUCCUUCUGGCUGGACUGGAGAAGGCUGCCACUCAGCCGUGUGCGAGCUGCCGUGCGCUAAUGGCGGUCGUUGUGUGGGUCCCGAUACCUGCCAGUGUCCCUCAGACUACACAGGUCCCCAGUGUCUUUUGCCCUUGUGCACACCCGCCUGUCAAAAUGGUGGCCGAUGUGUUGACGUCAAUAAGUGCACAUGUGUUGGUGGAUGGCAAGGAGCUCGUUGCCAGAUAGAGCCUGUUCAGUGUCAGAAGACUUGUAAAAACGGCGGCGUGUGCGCAGGCCUCAACAGGUGUCGCUGUGCCAAAGGAUUCACUGGACGUCUUUGUGAAACAGCCGUGACCACCCCGUGUGUGCCUCCCUGCCGGCACGGAGCCACCUGCAGUCCUCACAACACUUGCACCUGUCCUGAGGGCACCGCGGGCCUCCGCUGCGAGAGACUGACAUGCCCAGUGGUCACCACUGUGGUCAGCAUGGCUCGAGCGAUGAGAAAAGCGUUUAGGGAAAGUUACGUCGACCGUUGUGGACCCUUGGGGAUUCAGCUUUGCACCAAAUACAGGAUGAAUCAGGCACGCGUGUACCUGCAAGCCUACAGGGUGGGCUACAAAAUCCAGUGUCCAGAGAGGAGAGGCUGACGAUGGACUGUUUGUAAUAAACAUUUCAAAAAUCACAUUUCAGUCAAUGCUGAAGGAGGCAACUGCUGUGAUGACUAUAGUUUGCUUAAAUGUUGAAAUGAGACAGGAUAUGGCUUAAUACUACUGUACAAGACAAGUUGAUAGUUAUCUUGGUUUCCAUUUCAUAUUGUUUUCCUUGAAAGUAAAUUGUACAAUGGACUAUUAUGAUUUUUUUUUUUCUUACAGCGGAUUAAAGUUUUUUUUUUUUAAUGACUUAAUAGCUGCACUGUCCACACUGACUUGCAGGGUAGUAUCAAACCUGUGUGUUUUACACCUGAUUCUGACGCAAUAUGACCAAAUUAUAUGUACGUAUGAAAUCAUUAUCGCUAGAACGUAGCAACACAGAUUAUUACAUUGCAACCCAGUGAAGAUAUUACCGCCUAGUUCCCCUGUUUAACAAUGGCCACAUACUACCAAAGUGAGAGAAACUGCAGUAUAAUAUGUCCAUCUAAAUUGGAGGGAAGUAUAAAUUUAUUGUAUUGGGUCACUGACGGUGCAGGCAGAAUCAGUUCAGUUACCACUUAAUGACGGUUUGAGUGUUAUUGAUUGUCUGUUUUUAUAUGCGACCUGUGAUUGACUGGCGACCAGUCCUGGGCGUUCCCCGUCUCAAAAAGUCUCUCAGAUGUCUUUGGGAGAGUCAGCUGGGAUAUGACCCAGAUCUAGAUAAGGAGUUGUUUGUCUAUAUUGUAUGUGCUCUGCGAUUGGCUGGCGACCAUUCCACAAAUGGAAAAACGCAAUCAUUUUAAAAGUACAAUAUAGAAUUGCUUUCCUACUUUUUGGUCAAGCCUACGCUUUGUGAAAUACUUCAAAAAUGCAUAGCGCCAUCUCAUAAUAUCUAGCAUUUGUCAAAUGAAAAGUAUGCGACCAUGAAUAAAGGUAAACAGCCGUGAAUCCUCUGGAAGAUUUUGUGCACCACACGUAAUGAUGCCAACCCGUUGUGUUGUUUAGCUUUUUUAUACAACCCCCAAGUGGCCAAAAUACAUUAAAUUUAAGCGUCUUGUCUUUAUUUGUGUAGUACCGUUUUGAGCCACACGAUGGUGGUGAAGGAACGCGUAACAUUGCGCAGUUUAGUUCCGCUUUGGACCUACCAAACUUAAAAAACCUGGUCGUAUCUUAAGAAACUAACCCGAAUUUUU